AAUAUCUGAACCCGAACAUAAAUACCCGAACCCGACUCGGAGUGUAGAAAUACCCGAAUGGGUUCUAUACCUUUAUACUGAAAUAUCCGUUACAAACUCAAAUGUGUCUCCGAACGCCCACUCCUAUGAUAUAUGAUCAUUUGCAUCUUGCUUGAACAAAAAAAAAAGUUAAACCACUGAUCACAAUAUUUUUAAUGUGGGACUUUUACGAUUUUAGUAAUUUAUAGUCAUUUUUAAAAUUUCAGAAUAUAACAUAUAAGAAAAAAUCUAAUUGUUUUUAUUAAAUGCUUAAUGUGAUUGUUUUAUUUCUUUUAAUAGUAUAAAAUUAAACAAAAAAGAGAGAGGUUAGAAAUUUUAUCAAAUAUGUAUUAUUCAUAAUCAUUAAUUGUCAUAUAUAUGCUAACCAUAUUAGAUAAUUAUGUAGCUUUUAUUUAAAAACAAAAUAUUAUUUUGUACACUAUUAAUUAAUUUGAUGGUUAAUUUAAUAAAAACAUAGUAUAUGUUUAUAUGAACCAACUUAUUUUUCUAACAAUUUUAAUAAUCAUUCUCGUGAUGACACAUGGCUACGAAAACAUGAUGUAAUCACUACAAGAAAAUGUGUUUUAAUAGCGGACGGAUAACGCUAUAUAACGAUACUAUAGCAGUUUUUGAAACGUUGUAUCAUCGUCCCUCAUAAUAGGUCAGACACAUUAGAUAGCGGUUUUUUACUCUGCUAUCCUAUUAUCGUAAUAGCGUUUUUUUGUAUGCAAUUAAAUAGUCUUUAAUAGUAUGUUUUCUUUUUAUUAUUAUAUACAUUAAAAUUAUUUAUUUUAGAAUAUUUUUUAGUUAAUUAUUUAAAAUAAAAACAUAAUUAAAAUUUAAAAUUAAUUCAUAGAAUUAAAUUUUCUUUAUUAUUUAAAUUGAUCUAUAAUUAAAUUGGUUUACAAAAAUAUAAAAAAAUAAAUCUAAUUAAACAAUAAACCAACAAACCAAAUAAACCAAAACUAAACCAAGCUUUAACCUAAUUACUACCAAACGCCGCCGCACCAACACCACCUCCGUUGUCUUCUUCAUCCUUCAAUCCUCACCCGCUGCACCACGACCUUCGGCGUCGUGUUCUUCCAUGACCUUCGUCGUCGUAUCCCGCCAUGAUUCUUCUUCUUCUUCGUCGUAGGAUUUGAGAGGCAAGUUGCAGAGAGGAGGCGUACUCAGCGUCCAGACACCUUGGUCUUCGUCGUCAUUGUCUCCUCUCCACGAAGCUUUCUCGUCGUCUCCUGGUCGUCUUCUCCAAGGAACUUGAGAGGCCAGGUGCAGAGACGUUUUGUUUCAGUGACUAUUGUACAGAGGCGUCGCCAUGUCUCCUCUACGAGAUUCUUCAUCUCUCAACUCCUGGACCCAACCUCCAGUCAAUAUCAAAUCUAAUCGUUUUGUUUCCAUGAGUGAACAGAGACAAAGAUAUUGAACAGUGUGAGACCGUAGAACCCAAAAAAAUAUAUAUAUGAGAACCCAAAAAGUCUCUCUCUCUUCUCACCGUUAUCUCUCUCUGGAUCUUUCACGGGAGAAGAAGAGAUGAGAAGCUAAUUGAAUCGAUUCUUUUGGUUGUAAAUAGUUUCGAUCUUAGUAUUGAUCUUUUGUUUCGCGUGAAGCGAUUGUGUUGUGAUUUUCAAAUCGAUUUUGGAGCUGUUCUUCGUGUUCUCAUCUCUUUCUCCGGUUUCGGUUUGAUUAAAUAAAGUUUCGAUCUUUCUUUGAUUGGAUUUAUUGGCAGUCCUCUGUGUGUUUGAUCUGUGUUUCCAACUCUAUCUAACCUUGAUUGAUGCAUCUUCUAUGUGUUAUGAGAGUAAUAUCAUGUUUGCUUUAUCCAUCAAUCCUUAGUGGGGUGGAACUAAGGUCUCUGAGUCGAAGUUACCGGAGACGGCGGCACGCUAGGAGAAGAAGAUCGGGUGAGAGAGAGAAAGGCGAUCGAAGAGGAGCUGUAACAGUUGGUGUCGGAGAAGGAAGCCACCAUGUUUCCCGGUGAAACUUUUAACAACGAUGAGGAAAUGACAGCAGAGAGGCGGUUCCUGAAAGUCCCGACGGUGGAAGCUUUACGGCGGCCGAGCUUGCUGAACGUGUGUUCUGUCAAAGCCCUAGCCGUAAACACGUGGACAAACACAUAUCACAUUCACCGCUUGUUUUUAAAGGACCUUUUAAAUGUAAUUUCUUUUCGUUAGUUUAUCGGACUUCAUAGUCGAUAUCAACUUGUAAUGGCCCAUUUGGGCAUAUCAAUAUAAUAUGGUUGACAAAAAAAAACAGAUCUAUCGAGAGUGAGAAAAGAGAGGGAGUGAUUUUAGACCUUCAGAUCAAAACAAAUCCAUGGUUAAAAAGUGUGAUCCUUGACAAAAAAAAUUAAUUAAUGAGAGAAAAGGUUGAAGAUAGAUAAAAGAACAAAUUUUAACCGUUAGAUUAGAAUCAAUCAAUAACCACACAAAAAAAAAACAAUAAAAAUUAUUUUUACAUUUCUUUUUAACUGUUUAAAAAAAUUUCUAAAUUUAAAGAUUAUAUAUUAUAAUUUAACAUUUGAAAUAUAAAUUUUGAUUUGAAUUUUGUGGUUAUACACUUUUUUUAAACUGCAUAAUAGGGUUUGUAUAAUUAUAUUGUAUAAAGGUUAUGUUUAUGAUUUAAGGGUUUAUAGUUUUGAGAGUAUAAGUGUUAAGUUUUUAUAUAAAUAUUUUGUGAUUAAGAUUUAGAUUUAAAAUUUGUUAAAUAAUUAAAAUUUAGAUUCGAAGUUUAUAUUUAGUAAAUGUAUGGUUUUAUAUAUGCUUGGUGUUAGGGUUUAGGGUAUAGAGUUUGACUGAAGAAUUAAAGUUUAUGUGUUUGGAAGUUAUAUAUUAAAAUUAAAAAGAAUAAAUUUUGAGUUUUAAGUUUUAUAUUUGAAGUUACAGUGUGAGUAUAUUAUAGUUUUAAAAUUCAUAUUUAGAAGGUUUAAAAACUUGUUAUAUGCUUUAGAGUUUAUCUGUUUUAUGAUUUAGAAUUUAGUGAUUUAAAUUUUUUACUAGUUGAAAGUUAAGGUUUAUGUUUAUGAUGUUGAGAUGUUUUUAAUUACUUGUAGAAUUUAUAUUUAAAAUUUGGAGAUUAGAAUAAAUGUAUGAGUAUAGGGUUUAAAGUUAAAGGUUUGGGAUAUUGAUUUUAAGAUUUGAGAUAAUUUUUUGAAAAAAAAUUAAUUUUUGAGUUUAUAUCUAAUAUUUGAAGUUAAAUUUAUGAUUUGAUGUUAAAAUAGAGUUUAAAGUUUGUAUUUAUAGUUUAGGGUUUAAAAACUUGUUUUAGGAUUUAGGAAUUCAAAAACUAAACAUAGCGUUUUUAAUCAUGUUUUGCUAUUAAACCCAAGUAUUAUAUAUAAAACCAUAUGUUACCAUAGCGUUUCCAAAUAUACCACUCUAUCAUAGCGUUUCCAAAUAUACAAACGAUAUCUAAAACUAACGGGUAUAUCAAACAUAACACAAUCGUAAAAAACGCUAUUUCGGUCUGCUAUUAAAACUCAUUUUUCUUGUAGUGAAUGCUCCAGGAUUAAUAUAUAGGGAAUUAUAUUUUAAAAUUACUAACUCUAAAACACAAUGCCCAUGAUUCAAACCGAACCAAACUUGUCAUAUAUAUAAAAGAAAAUACCAAACCAAAGCGAAUCGCUCUGGAGGAAGAUGCAGUGAAUAAGAAACACUAUAAGCACUUAUAGAUUCUGGUCUCGCAUAGCUCUGGAAAUUUAAAAGCUUUCAUUUCUAAUUCCUCAAUUUGAAUGUAACUUUGUAUGAUUAGAUUAUAGGAUGUUUGAAAUGACGCAUAAAUGUCUUAAGUUUUGUAGCUGGUUUGCAGUAUUUGGAUGAUUCGGUUAUGCAGUAAUUUUCCUAACUACAAGUGAAAAGUUUGAGAAACUAGGUGAGAACAUGAAAGGUAACCUGCUUAGCUUCCAAAGUUCAUAUGUAGAACAGCUUAUUGUUUGACCAUUUUUUAGUAGUCUCUUUUGCUGUUGGUGUUCUUCCCGGUCCCUUUAAUGAUUACUAGGCUUUUUGUAAGUCUAUACUCUCUUUGACGAUGAAUGUAUGUUUGCCUCUGUUUACCUGGUUUAAGUUUGUUCUACUUCUGUAAAUCAUAUGAGAGGUUUCAAUAACGGUACUGUGACUCACACAAUGCAGUUAAGCUCAAUUUCUUCUUCAGUUACCAUGUCGCUACACAUGAAGCCAUAGCUAUCCAGUUGUUAAAGCAUAGAAGCUUAAGAAAAUCUAAACAAAAGCCUCCGAACACCAAAAUACCUAUCAAAUUAUCAAAACAUUCAAGAGGUUUAGAUUCCAUCUCUGCAAUAUUGUGGUGUUAAAUUUUCUAUUGCCUUACUGAAGAGAAAAUCCUUAACUAAUGCCAAUGGUCUUUGAAGUGCUUGAGUCAUCAUAUGAACAAUGCAGGUCCAAAUAUUUAGUCAAAAUAUAUAAUAUUGUUAUAGAAGGGAAAAUAAAUGAGUCAUCUCAAUAUGUGACUUGCUAGAUACUAUUUAUUAUUGGGUUGUUCUAACUUCUAACCAAAAGAGUUAAAGAUAUGGUCCAACCAAAACAACGAAUGGUCCAACCAAAACAUCGAAUAGGAGAUCUUAAGAGACUGUAUAGAUUUUCUCUGGUUGGUAGACUAAUUAUGCAACAGAACAAAAGUCAUGAAAUUCACAUUUGGGUCAAAUAAAUAACACUCAUACUUGUUGUUUUCUUAUAAUUUCCUAACUAACCAAAGGAUGAUAAUAAAACAGAAUGUAAACACAGAGAAUGUUUUCCUCAGUCUAAAAGUGUAAAAGUGUGAAAGAGACAUAUCAACAAUAAUAAAUAAAAAGGACUUAUAUGUAAUAAUAGCAACAAACAUGUCACCAGCAACAGUCUGAAAUCUCAAGCAAAUUGGUUUUAUUUUAUUAUCAUUUAAAUUAUUUUCCCUCACUUUCUCUGACCUUUCUUUGCUUCAUCUUCAAAUCUUCCCUCUCCAUCUUGUUCAAAAAAGAGAAAGAAACAAAGUAAUUACGAAACAUCCUUCUUCACGAUAUUUCAAAAUCAAGAUUUGGUUAAAGGGUCCCAUCUUUUUUCUUGAUUCUUUAAUUCUUGAUUCUCAAAGAAUUUAAUGCUCAUGUCUUUUAUAUGAAUCUUCUGAAGCUUACAGGCUCCAUUGAACAGUAAAAUCUUGUGAGUUUGAUCCUUUUAAUACCGAGAGAGGAAGAUCUCAGAUGGCAAACAAGAUAAGUGAAACAGCUUCUUCUAAGAUGGAUGAUUAUGAAGUAGUGGAGCAGAUCGGAAGAGGAGCUUUCGGUUCUGCUUUUCUUGUGAUUCACAAGUCUGAGAGAAGAAGGUAUGUAGUGAAGAAGAUUCGUUUGGCUAAACAAACAGAGAGAUGCAAGCUUGCUGCCAUCCAAGAGAUGAGUUUGAUAUCAAAGCUUAAGAAUCCUUAUAUUGUGGAGUACAAAGAUUCAUGGGUUGAAAAGGAUUGUGUAUGCAUUGUAACUAGUUAUUGUGAAGGUGGAGACAUGACUCAAAUGAUAAAGAGAGCUAGAGGAACAUUUGCCUCUGAAGAAAAACUCUGCAGAUGGAUGGUUCAGCUACUGUUAGCAAUAGAUUACCUCCAUAACAAUCGAGUUCUUCACCGUGACCUUAAGUGCUCAAACAUAUUCCUCACCAAAGAAAACGAGAUUCGAUUAGGUGACUUUGGUCUUGCAAAACUUCUAGGCAAAGAUGAUCUUGCUUCCUCGAUUGUGGGAACACCAAACUACAUGUGCCCUGAACUUCUUGCAGAUAUACCUUACGGCUACAAAUCUGAUAUUUGGUCUUUAGGUUGCUGUAUGUUUGAAGUAGCUGCACACCAACCUGCCUUCAAGGCUCCUGACAUGGCUGGACUCAUCAACAAGAUUAACCGCUCUUCGCUUUCUCCUCUCCCCGUCAUGUAUUCCUCUUCAUUGAAAAGACUGAUUAAAAGUAUGUUGCGCAAGAACCCUGAACAUAGACCAACUGCUGCAGAGUUGUUAAGACAUCCUCACUUACAGCCAUAUCUUGCACAAUGCCAAAACCUGUCUCCGGUUUUUAAACCAGUCGUAUCCAAAUCAGAACACAACACCUACGAAAACAGAGCAGGCGAGACCCGUCUUCCCCCAAGGACAGGCACUGCAAAGUCCACGAAAACACCAAUGAAACAUAAUCAAGCACUAAAAGAAGAAGCAGAGGAGAAAGAGAAGAGAAACAAGAAUGGAAGUUCUAGUUCAAAAGACAAAGAGAAGCCAGAAAAGACUCAAGAGAUGUCAUUGCUUAGCACAUUAACGCUACUACGCGAAUAUCAGAAGAAGACUCCGAGGAGCGAGGAGAGAGCAGAAGCGUUGGAAUCUUUGUUGGAGCUUUGUGCAGGUUUACUUAGGCAAGAGAAGUUCGAUGAGCUAGAAGGAGUCUUGAAGCCUUUUGGAGACGAAACAGUUUCAUCAAGAGAGACAGCGAUUUGGCUUACCAAAAGUCUCAUGAAUGUUAAGAGAAAGCAAAAUGAUGAUGAAACCAAUCCUUAAAAACAAAUAAUAACCACAACUUUUUUCAUGUAACCAACCAUUGUGUGUAUUAAAGACAUUAAUUGAUCACAAAACAAUGAAGGUAUUUGAUUAACAGAAUGUUAUAUUAUCAUACUCGUAUA